CUUUCCACCGUUAUCGGUUUUUGACCCACGGGAAUUUGAGAAAAAUGAUUGAAGUAAACCCACAAGAUAAUUGCUUGAAAAGCUUAACGUAACAACCGCAGACAAAUCCUCACCUGGACCAUACGGCAACACGCGAGAGAGCAAAGAGGCAAAGACCAAGACACACACACCUCAAAGACCAUCGUCGGGCGAGCCGUCGCGUGGUGUAUCGCCCUGCGAAACCGGUCGCGGCGGUGUCCGCUCGGGCCGGCAUCAGCAGGAACGACAGCAGCAGGAGCCCACGACCAUGCCAGAGCGGGUUCAGUAGUCUUUGGACCGGUGCGAGGCGAAGACGACGCCAGAGACACGCGCCGCGCAGUGCAGUUUUAGUGCGCGUAACACGUCGCUCUACCCCAGCAUGCUGCACUUGCUCCUGCUGCUGGCGGUAGCGUGGUCUUCAGACCCCGCGGCGGGCCUGAUGCAGGACGUUCAGUCGGCCGCCCUUUGCCCCCUGCUGGGCGACGAGGGAUGCCGGUGCACGCACGAUCUGCACGAGUUCUACUGCAGGACGGCGGGGUUCAAAAAAGUGCCCGACAAACUGCCCGUCUCCCUUACCAAACUAGACUUAACGAGUAACAACAUAACGACUUUAAAUGAGAGUUCCCUAAGUCAAUACACGCAUUUGGAAGAGCUGACUUUAUCAGAUAAUAAAUUGGAGUUUAUUCAUCCAAAAGCAUUUGCAAGGAAUAUUUAUUUAAAAAGAUUGUUGCUUCAAAACUGCGGACUCACAGAAGUUCCCAGUGAAGCUCUACGUCCACUACAAAAGUUGCAGACAUUACACGUUGGAGGCAACGAAAUCUGGCAGGCGUUGGGCAGCACGUUCGAGUGGCAACAGGGGCUGCGCAGCCUGCGACUGGACGGCAAUCGGCUGCGCGCAGUACCCACCAAUGCGCUGACCGUGCUCACGCAUCUAGAGGUCCUGAAUAUUGGAAGUAAUUAUAUUAAUUCAAUACCAGUUGGAUCCUUCCCAGAAAUGAACAGUCUUAUUAUAUUGUUGAUGAAGAGAAACCAAAUAACAGAGAUCGAUGAGAAUGCUUUUUCCAAUUUGACGGCUUUAAGGGUUUUAGAGUUAGAUGACAACUUCCUGACACAAAUACCGAACGCCCUCGCCAAACUACCUGACCUACAGGAACUGUCGAUAUCGGGCAACAGGAUAAAGUACAUCUCAGGCGGGGUCCUGCAGAAAACUCCGAACUUGGCGCUGUUGGAGUUAAAGGGGAAUCCGCUGUUUGGAGUGGACUCCCACGCCUUCUCCUUUCUGCCUCGACUGAGAAAGCUAAUCUUGUCUGAGGCGCGCGAUCUGUCUGCAUUUCCUAACCUGAACGGCACCACCGCCCUUGAAGUGCUUCGCCUCGACAGGGCCGGACUAUCGAGUGUUCCGGCAACAUUGUGCCUCACCUGCCCGCGACUCAAAAGCCUCGACUUAAAGUCCAACAAACUUACGGUCGUUCCGGAUUUUAAUCUCUGCAGAGAUAUGAGAGUGCUAGACUUGGCGAGCAAUUACAUAAAAUCUAUCGAGGAAAAACCGUUUCGCGGGAUGUACCAAAUGCACGACCUACUAUUGGCAAACAAUCAAAUCCAAUACAUUCCGCAGGACGCUUUUUACAACUUGUCCAAAUUGCAAGUGCUCGAUAUGGAGAACAACCAGAUUUCUUUCAUACAUCCUGACGCCUUUCUAGCCAUAUCCAAGAUUGAAGAUCUUAAUUUGGGAAACAACGUUUUCUCGCAUCUGCCGUCAGCAGGUCUGGAAAGACUUCUUCAUCUCAAAACCUUCAACAAUCCAAACUUGAGGGAGUUUCCUCCACCCGAAGAUUUCCCGAGAAUACAGACUUUGGUGUUGGCUUACGCCUACCAUUGUUGUGCUUUUCUCCCCUUAAUACCUUUAAACCCACCACCAAGCGCGAAAGAUAUUAUAGUCUUUCCGGACAUUGAUGAUAUUGAUUUGAACAUAUGGAACAGUUCUGUGGAUUUAUGGCCAUCACAGCAAAACAUAAGUCACAAAUUCGGCAAAAAAUUCGAAGCGAUCUGGGAAAACAUUCGAUCGGAUUUCACCUACCCAGGUAACUUCCCCAGCUACAUGGAGGAAUACGCUUCGGAAGACGACGCUCAGCUUCGCCCGGGUGAAGCCGGAGUCCCCGGAAAAAUCCAGUGUCUACCCUUGCCGGGUCCCUUUCUACCCUGCCAGGAUCUCUUCGACUGGUGGACGCUACGUUGCGGCGUUUGGAUUGUUUUUCUGUGCGCCAUGUUGGGCAAUGGCACCGUGGUUUUCGUUCUGAUUUUCAGCAGGAGUAAAAUGGAUGUGCCCAGGUUUUUGGUUUGCAAUUUGGCGGCUGCCGAUUUUUUUAUGGGCAUUUAUUUGGGAUUCCUGGCGGUAGUCGACGCGUCCACCUUGGGAGAGUUCCGGAUGUACGCGAUCCCGUGGCAAAUGUCGCCGGGAUGUCAGUUGGCCGGUUUCCUGGGCGUCCUCAGCUCCGAACUUUCCGUGUGGACGCUGGCCGUCAUCACGCUGGAGCGAAACUACGCCAUCACGCACGCCAUGCAUCUCAACAAGCGUCUCUCCUUGAAGCACGCCGGCUACAUAAUGAUAUGCGGCUGGGGAUUUGCCAUCAUGAUGGCUGUAUUGCCCAUAUUCAGCAUUUCGGAUUACAGAAAGUUCGCCAUAUGUCUACCGUUCGAAACUAAAGACGCUGGGAGUUUAACCUACGUCGUUUUCCUGAUGUUCAUCAACGGAAUAGCGUUUUUAAUCCUGAUGGGUUGCUAUUUGAAGAUGUACUGCGCUAUACGCGGUUCCCAAGCCUGGAACAGCAACGAUUCGCGUAUCGCCAAACGCAUGGCUCUUCUGGUGUUCACGGAUUUUUUAUGCUGGUCGCCCAUAGCUUUCUUCUCUCUAACGGCAGCGUUUGGUCUGCAGCUCGUCACUCUAGAGCAAGCCAAAGUAUUCACGGUUUUCGUCCUACCUUUAAACUCUUGCUGUAACCCCUUUCUGUACGCCAUACUCACAAAGCAGUUCAAAAAAGAUUGCGUUAUGAUAUGCAAAGCUAUAGAAGAAAGUCGCGUCACCAGAGGCAUUGGAAGAUGCCGACAUAGUUCUAACUUCAGCAAUCGGCAGACACCUGCAAACACCAACAGCCUGGCUGAUAGAUCUUCAAGAGAAAACCAGAACCACCACGUGCCCACUUGCACGUGCAAUGUUAAGUUACUGGGCAACCAAACAACUCCCGAGCCUAGAAUCGAUAGGAAAGCCAGGACUAGGGAAUGGUUGCUUAGUAAAGCUAGAUGGUUGCUGUGUGUUCGAAGACCUGCUCGGCACAGGCCUAGGAAUGAUCAGUACACUUAUCAAAUAGCUGAAAUACAGCAGAAACAACAUAAGAGGGCUUCAUCUGUCAGUUCCAGCGAGAAUUACAGCUCAUCCAGAUCUGACUCUUGGAGGCACAAUCACCACUGCGGCAUCCCUCUGAGGCUUCUGGAUCCCAAACGCAGGGCCUCCUCGUGGCUGGUGACUAGAAAAACGUCGCAGGACUCGAAUCUGUCGAGCUCGCGGAACGAUUCGUCCGGCUCGGCUACCACGGCCAGCACGAGCACCUGGAGGAUCAGCAGGUCGAGCGCCAGCAGCGAACCGUCGAGGAUGAGGUCGAAGCCCAGGCUCACCAGGCAGUGCGCCAUACAGGACGAGGCGGAUCCUCCGGGAAGUCCGGGAAGAUUGACUGUCAGAUUCCUGACGACUAUCCCGUCGGCGGCGGAGAACAGCAUGCAGCUGGAGGACGAGCAGCCCACGAUCCUCGUGAGUCCUGUGAAGGAGCGCGAGGGUCCUCUGUACGCCAUCCUGCACACGGCGCCCGUGACGCCGAUACGUCGGCAGUCCAUCGUGACGUUGCAUCCCAUCGAGAGCACCGCCACGCAGGACGCAUCUAGUCAGGUUAAUAGUAACAAUCACAAGGCCGAGGCGGCGGGACCUUCGACGUAAUAGACGUGUAGAUAAGAGAGCGAAUCCAGCAGGGUGUAAAUAAUUUGCGAGGUACUUACUUGAUUGAUGAAGGGGCUUAAGGCGGUUUCAUACAGACGCGAAAUGCGAAACACGUUUCAAAAGAUACUGCAAAUUCGCAAGAUUUAAAAUCUAGGGGGCGGGAAUCUUGAGAUUGAUCCAAUAUUUUGCGUAAAUAAUAAUAAUAAUAAUAAAAACUUUAUGAACGGUUUACCAUUUUACAAUUUUAAAUAUAAUUAAAGCAUAUGACAACAUAGAAUUGAAAAGAGAUAUUAUAAACGUCCUUAAUGAAAAAUUCAUUGGCAUCACAGCAUAAUCGAUUAAGUGGCAUAAAUUUCGCGUACUUAGUUCUAUGCCUUUUUGUGUAAAUUAAUUUAUUUUGU